CCCCUCUGCCGUAGUGGUACAUAGACCAGCCAUUACAGGUGCAAAUCGUGUUAUUGUACAUAUUGGGAGAGGUAACAAGGACAGCAAAUAUGUUGGCCACAGUCAGCAAGCAGCUUAGGAGCCAUCCGGCGCUUAUCCCCCUCUUCUUUUUCAUCGGUGGAGGCGCUGUCAUGUCCAUGAUGUACCUGGCUCGUCUUGGCAUGGGCCCCCAUGUCAGCUGGGAUCGCAAGAACAACCCUGAGCCAUGGACCAAAAUGGACCCAACUAGGCAGCAGAAGUUCUACGCUGUGAACAUGGACUACAAGACGCUGAAGAAGGAGGGACCCGACUUCUAAAUACCAACCGUGGUCUCCGCUGGGCGGGUCCUUUAUCGAGCCAAUCGGUUCCGUCUGCACAACCAACCCCCCCCCCCCCA